AUGUCCACGAAUCCUCAGUGGAAGACCUUCCAGCCGCCCCCCGAUACUCUCACUCAGGAUCCCAGUAUAAUGGAUUUCAAACCUAUGGCCAGUAGUGGCAAAUCUUCGUCGCAAGCAUUCAACUACACCAGAUCGACUUCGUCGUCUCGUUUCGGAGAUUUCCCAUUGUUGCAAGAAAAAUCGAUGCAUUACAACAAUGGCCUGUACGGUUCCUCGAGCACCACGCAUACAUCGCCGCGUUUCCCCAUCGGUACGUUCUCGUUGGACACGACGACCAAUAACGUGUACAACAGCAGCGGGGACAAUUCGUUGAACAAUACCACCAGCAUUUUCUCCAAUGGCAAUAAUAGCAAUAGUAGUUAUAACGAUUCGAACUCUUCUAAUUUGGGCACCAGGGAAACCGGGAUUAUCGAAAAGCUCUUGCAUUCCUAUGGAUUUAUUCAGUGUUGCGAACGACAGGCGCGAUUGUUCUUUCAUUUUAGUCAAUUCAGCGGCAACAUUGAACAUUUGAAAAUAGGAGAUCCCGUCGAAUUCGAAAUGACUUACGACAGACGUACGGGAAAACCCAUAGCUAGCGCUGUCACUAAAAUAGCUCCUGAGGUAGUUAUGAGCGAAGAGAGAGUUACCGGAACGGUAACCACCGAAUUGAGGGCCGCCGAAGGUUCGGCGGGCGAUACGACGGGACGAAUCAGUUACGAGAAUCGAGGCGAGUGUUUCUUUUUGCCUUACACCAAAGACGACGUCGAAGGGAACGUGACGCUGAGGUCCGGGGAUAAGGUCAGCUUUCAAAUCGCUACCAACAACCGCGGUAAUCUCGGCGCCUGUCACGUGCGAUUGGAGAACCCGGCGCAUCCCGUCAAAUACCAGGGCGUCGUCUGUUCGAUGAAGGAAAGUUUUGGUUUCAUCGAACGGGCCGACGUCGUUAAAGAAAUAUUUUUCCAUUUUUCCGAAGCCAAAACCAAAGAAGAAUUACGAUUGGGAGACGACGUGGAAUUUAUCAUACAAACUCGAAACGGCAAGGAAGUGGCCUGUAACAUAACCCGUCUGCCGCCCGGCACCGUCAUAUUCGAAGAUCUGAAGCCCGACAUCCUGAAAGGUCAAGUACUGAAACCGAUAGACCGAGGUCCGCGCAAUCCGAACGACGCUCUACCCGGCCGCAUCAGGUACAGGGCUCCCGAUCAUUCCGAAGUGGAGAUAUCGUUUAGCGAGAAGGACCAGAUGGGCGAUUUUACGUUGCGCCACGGCGAUUGGGUGCAAUUCCAGAUAGCCACCGAUAGAAGGGACGCUCUGGAUAGGGCCACUCACAUUAUGUUGUUGGACGAGAGUUUUAAAGUGUCUGGUGAAAAGCGAGAACAAGGCAUGGUGUGUUCAGUAAAAGAGGGAUUCGGUUUCCUGAAGUGCGUCGAUCGGGAGGCGAAGCUAUUUUUCCACUUUAACGAAAUACUGGACGUCGAACGCACCGGCGAUGUGCAAAUCGGCGACGAAUUCGAGUUUACCGUGGUUCAAGACCAAACCACCAGUUCCAGUAUGUUUUCCAACAAUCGUCAAAGUGCCAUUAGAAUGAAAUGGUUACCUCCUGGAACUGUCCAGUUUGAAAUCGUAAUAGAAAGCGGCCUUACGGGUAUAAUAACCAACGACGUGCCGUUGAGCACCUGGAGCAACAGGAGUCCGACGAAAAGCCAAAACGGUAUGACCGAAUCGCCGAGCGAAUGCGGACUGAUCGGCUACAGCAUGAACGGCAUUAAAAAGACGAUUCCGUUUUACGCAAAAGACUGCAAUCCAAAGCAAUUUCCCAGAGCGGGCGAUAAGGUACAAUUCAACAUAAAUCAAAUCAAAAGAAACAAAGAAUUCAUCGCGGCCGAUGUGCAAUUAAUCAAUCCGUCGUCGCAAACCAAUGGAAUCAAGCACGCCGUUAACAGAACUUCGAAUUCCGGUCAGACUUAUCAAGGGUUCAUAGCAGCGUUAAAAGACGGUUUCGGUUUUAUAGAAACCAUGCAACAUGACAAGGAAGUUUUCUUUCAUUUUAGUAAUUUCGACGGAGACGCCACCGCCCUGGAAUUGGGCACCGAGGUCGAAUACAAUUUGGGGACGCGCGGCAAUUCGGGCUCCUGUUCGUCGGCGGAGAACGUCAAAGUGAUACCGAAGGGUAGCAUAACGUUGCCCGAAUCGCUGGGCGAGAUAUUGGACGGGUCCGUGGUCAGACCGUUGCGAUCGGUCAAUCCCGAUCAGAACGAAUAUUGCGGUCUGAUUCGGAUCAACGGCGAGAAUCCGAACGACGCCGAAGAGGAAUACGAAUUCGGCAUCAUGGGAUUGAUCAACAAGAGGGAACUUCUUCAAAUCGGGGAUCACGUACAAUUUCAGGUCGACGCUACCGGUCUCGCGUCUAAUAUUGUGGCUGUACGGAAAAAAUUCAAGGCCACGGUCGAUGCCAUCAAGGGUCAUUUUGGCUUUUUGGCUUAUGAAGUCGAAGAGGGUAAAAAGCUGUUUUUCCACAUGACGGAGGUCAAAGACAACGUCAGCCUUCAGGUGGGCGAUACUGUGGAGUUUGUCCUUGUUACUAAUCAUAGAAGUGGAAAAUCGUCUGCGUGUAAUGUCGUUAAAGUCAGCAAGUGGUGUUUGUCUUACAGUGAUGUACAGGCCCGGCCGGAGAGAUUGAUCAGCAGACUGCGUACGGUUUCUGUGGACGAGGCCGGUCCGAAACUGACAUUGGUGCGUCAACCGAAGGGACCGGACGGCUCGAAAGGAUUUUCACUCGAGGCACGUGCCAAACGCAUACCGGGUCUCGUGCCUAAAUAG